GAAGGCCUAUUAUGUGUCGCACAUUAAGGUUCUUUCUAACAGAACAAAUAUUUUGAGUGUUAAAUGUCUAUGUAAAUUAAUUAAAAUUUACUUGUUGUGAAUAUAUAAUAUCACUACGUUUUACUUACGUUGUAAGUUUCGAAUUUGGCGUAUAGCUUUGAAAGAGGUAAAGUCCCGGAUGUAGUUUUACCAAACAAUCAAAUUUUAUUGGAUAUAUAGACCAAAUGGAGACACUUUUAGAGCAACAAAGGCGGUAUCAUGAAGAAAGAGAACGACUUAUGGAUGCCAUGACAAAGGAAAGUUUACACACCGCAAAACCAGGUAGAGAUCAGAUCAACAAAGAUCAAAGGCUGAGACAACUUCUAGAUAGAUAUGUGGAAUGCACAACAGAACUAAAAGACCUGUAUGAAGAUAAAGAUGGAUUGAGGAAAGAGGAGAUGCAGGCCUUAUAUGGUCCAAAUGAGUUCCAAGAAUUUUACUCGAGGAUGAAACAGCUGAAGGAUUUCCAUAGAAAACAUCCUAAUGAGAUAAGUGUACCGAUGUCUGUAGAGUUUGAUGAGAUCAACAAAAUGAGAGAAAAUGCUGAUGAGAACACAAAUAUGAUUGAGUUUUCUGAUGAGGAAGGGUACGGUAAAUAUCUAGACUUACAUGACUGCCAUACCAUGUUUAUAAACCUCAAAGGAAUGGACAAAAUAGACUACAUCUCAUAUCUAUCUACAUUUGACCAUUUGUUUGAUAUAUCUAAAGACAGGAAAAAUGCAGCAUACAAAGAGUACUUACAGUAUUUGUUAGAGUAUCUUGAUGGUUAUGUACAGAGAAUUAAGCCGUUACUAGAUCUAUCUAAGGAGAUGGAUAGUGUGUUGACAGAUUUUGAGUUAAAUUUUGCUGAAGGACAUUUUCCAGGCUGGCCUAAAGAAGCUCUUGGUGCUCUUGCACAUACUGGGGCUCAUUUAGAUUUGUCUGCCUUUUCUUCAUGGGAGGAGUUGGCAUCAUUGGGUCUUGAUCGUCUUAAAUCUGCUUUAAUGGCCUUAGGCUUGAAAUGUGGAGGGACUUUAGAAGAAAGAGCUCAGAGAUUAUUCAGCACAAAAGGGAAGAGAUUAGAAGACCUAGAUCCAGCUAUGUUUGCUAAAUCAAAACCUGGCAGGGCUGGAAAAGCUAGGGAAGGAGAAAGACAGAGAGAAAUAGCUGGACUAGAGGCACAAGUUUACAGAUUUGCUGAAAUUCUGAGUGAGCAGCGGGCAGCUACCAGAGAGAAUGUAAUACGUAAACAAAACCCCGUAAGGCGAGGAAAAGGGGGGGGGGUCGACGAGGGGAAAAUGCCGGAAACCGAUAUGACGAUGAAUUUACGAUGACGCCCCUAUAAUCCUAAAACUUUCCCCUUUGGGUGGGACGGAAAAAGGGAACCUAUACCAUACUGGUUAUACAAGUUACAUGGUUUAAACAUCAGUUAUCAGUGUGAGAUAUGCUGUAAUGUUGUCUAUAAAGGACCUAAGGCAUUCCAGAGACAUUUUGCUGAAUGGCGACAUGCUCAUGGUAUGAGAUGUCUUGGUAUACCUAAUACAGCCCAUUUUGCUAAUGUCACAUCUAUAGAGGAUGCCCUCGCUUUAUGGCAAAAAAUAAAAGCAUCAAAAGAAACAGAGAGAUGGAAACCUGAUACUGAGGAGGAAUUUGAAGAUUCUCUGGGAAAUGUUGUAAAUAAAAAGACGUAUGAAGACAUGAAAAGACAGGGGCUGUUAUAGUGUAUAAUAUGUGAUUUUACCAGCUCAUUAACUGAAAUUCUCAGAGCCAUACAUUUAUUAUGGAUGUGUUCCUCUUACAACUUUGAACAAUAAAAAUGAAAUCAGAAAAAUAAACUUGUGUUAGUUACAGAAAAUCACAAAUUUUAAAGAAAGAAUAUAUUUUUUUUCUGUGAAAUGUUUUAUUUAAAGUAUAUAAAUGUAUAUAUCUGCUGCAAAAAUAAUUGUUUGAAUUUUAAAAAAGAAUCUAAAAUGCUUGUAUGAAAGAAAUUUUGCAGAAAAUUUCCUUAAAAGCAAAUGGCGCAUGUGCAAGCUCAUUGCU